CAUCGGGCCCCCAGGCGGGGCGACAGGCAUCGGGCCCCCAGGCGGGGCGACAGGCAUCGGCCCCCAGGCGGGGCGACAGGCAUCGGGCCCCCAGGCGGGGCGACAGGCAUCGGGCCCCCAGGCGGACAGGCAUCGGGCCCCCAGGCGGAGCGGCGGGCGCCGGGCCCCCAGGCAGAGCGACAGGUCUCGGGCCCCCAGUCGGAGCGGCGGGCGCCGGACCCCCAGGUGGAGCGACAGGUCUCGGGCCCCCAGGCGGAGCGGCGGGCGCCGGACCCCCAGGCGGAGCGACAGGUCUCGGGCCCCCAGGCGGAGAAAACUGCGGGCACUGAGUCGUCUGGCAAGACUGCGGGCUCCGAGUCAACUGGCAAGACAGCGGGCACCGAGUUGUCUGGCGGAACAGCGGACAUCGAGUCGUCUGGCAAGACUGCGGGCACUGAGUCGUCUGGCAAGACUGCGGGCUCCGAGUCGUCUGGCAAGACUGCGGGCUCC